CGACGCAGAUAUCAAUCACAUAAUUUUCAAGUGUUCAGCUUUUGGUAUACAAAGAAUAAUAUUAGCAAGUUCGAUAGAGUUAGUAAAGGAAGAAAACGAAAUUAAGUGUGAUCCCCGCCACAUUAAGGAAUUGUUGAGGAACCAUUUAUUUUAUAAGCCUGUUUUAGAUUUCAUUAGUAACACAAUAGAAAAAUUGUAAAAUACAGUAGUAAAUUUAUAUUUAGACGACGACGACGAUAAUUUUAAGUGCUUUGUAUUAUUUUUAAGAAAAAUUGUAAUAUUUAAAGCAGGGCCUAUAAGGACUUGUAUCCAAGGCCGUUAAAUAAAUUAAAAAAAAAAAAAAAAAAAAAAGAAGUGAUGGAUUGUUAUUUAUUUAGCUCUAUUUGCAAAAAAUAAUAUUAUUUGAGAUUACAGUGCUAUUAGGUGAUAUUUUUAAACGAGUGCUGUAAAAUAGAUUCAAAAUGUUAGACUUCGAAAGAUUGUGCCGUACUUGUAUGAAGACGAAUAAUGAAGUUGGUCUCAUUAAUUUGUUUGGCCCUUUGAAAAUCGAGGACAAUUGCUCGUUAAAAUUAGCAGAUGUCCUAAAAGAUACCAUCACAUUGCAGAUCGAUGAAGGUGAUGGUCUGCCUCAAAAUGUGUGCAAUGAAUGUUUAAAAAAUCUGCAAAUAAUGUAUACAUUCCGGGCUCAAGCACUCAAUUCUGAAAUUGAAUUAAAAAAGAUAGCUUCAACAUGCACUAUUAAAAAUGAAACAGAAUUAGAGGUGAAAUAUGAAAGUGAUUUUGACUAUACACAUUCCUAUGAGGACUUCAUAUAUGAAUAUGACACACACACAGCGAAAGUUGAAGCUGAUGAUAAUUUAUCAAUGUAUAUUUGCAAUGUAUGCAAUAAGAAGUUUACCAAAAGAGAGAGGUUUCUAAAACACCUGUCAAAUCACGAAAACCCAAAAUUUCCAUGUUCGUUAUGUAAGAGGAUAUUUAAAAAACAGGCCUCUUUACAAAGACAUUUAGAUAAACGUCACAAUGAUAAUAUAAGUGAUCCCAGUUUAACUAAUAGUAUCCUGAAUGAUGCAGUUGGAGACUUAGGAGUGAAAGUUGAAAUUGACAGUAUAAAUGAACACUACCAAUGCUCCGAAUGUGGUAUGUUGUUUGAUAAUCAACAAUCCAUGUUGCAACACUUUAAAGAACAUACUCAAUUGAAUUCUGAUUUACAACAAGUUUACAGCUGCGUCAAAUGUCUAAUAAGUUAUCCAACUCAACAGCAAUUAAAAAAACAUAUGGAAAAUCACAAUAAUGACAAAAAACAUGGUGACCUAUUAAUAAUGAAGUCUGAAAGCAAGCAGUAUGAAUGUCCAGAAUGUCAUAUUGUGUUUGAAAAGCAGAGAUCCCUGGGAUCACAUUUAAAAAAACACAAAGUGAAAAUGAAUAUCAAAACAGAGGGUGCAUAUUACUGUGGUCAUUGCAACAAAGGUUUUGGCUUGAAGACGCUUCUCAGAAGGCAUGUGAAGUUGCACUUUGACGAACGUCCAUUCCAUUGCACCAAAUGCCCAAGCAGUUACACACGUCACGAUCAGUUGGUUAUGCAUCUCAGUAAACACAAUGGUGUAAGGAAAUAUGCCUGCUCGCAGUGUGAGAAAGCAUUUACACAACUCUGUAGUCUGAAAGACCAUGAAAGGACUCACACGGGAGAAACCCCCUUCCUCUGUUCCCAAUGUGGCAAGGGGUUCAGCAACAGCUCCAAUCUGAGACAACAUUUGAAGCGGCACUCUGGACUGAAGCCAUUUACUUGUAAUCUGUGCCCUAAGAGCUUUUGUACUAAAGGGCAAAUGAAAUCCCACAUGGACACUCACGCAGGAGUGCACCCAUAUAAAUGCGAUGUCUGCGGAGCGAGCUUCACUAAACCAAACUCCUUGAAGAAACACUCCCUCAUACAUCUGGGCAUCAAGCCGUUUGCCUGCGACAACUGUGCUAUGAGGUUCUCAUCAAAAGACCACUUGAAACGUCACCAGCGUAUACACACGGGCGAAAAACCGUACCGCUGCCCGCACUGCCCGCGCGCGUUCACGCAGAGCAACGACCUGGUGAAGCACGUGCGCACGCAUCUCGGACAGAACAUCUACCAAUGCACAGUAUGCCAGGCGAAAUUCCGCCUCAUGCGGGAGCUUAAACGCCACUACCCGGUGCACUAUAUCAACGGGGUAGAUCCCAACCCUGUGGAACAAAUAGAAGCACCCCUUGUUAUACUGAAGGAGUGCGAACAGGACAUAGACAACAACGUACCGACAGAUGGACAGAUAACUAUAACAUUUAAUAGUAACGUUCUAGAUAAGAAUAGCAUUGGUGAUAUAACUAUUAAUAUUGAACCGGGAAAGAUUAGCAACUAGAUGGUAUUUAUUUCAUCAUCAUCUCCUUACCCUUAUCCCACUUAAGUGGGGUCGGAAAAAUAUGUCAAUCUUUUCCAUUCGUCUCUAUUACUUGUCAACUCAUCAUCCACUCCUUUUACACACAUGUCCUCUUUCACACAAUCCAACCAUCUCUUAUUUGGCCUUCCUCU